CAUGGGAAUAUGUACUGUCGUUAACUGUCUGAAUAUUUUGGUCAUUAGCCGUGUCCUCCAUUAUCACUGCAAUCAUUUUUUUUAAAAACAAUAAAUUCUAAGUCGUAACUGCCUUUAGGAGAACGAGCUGAAAAACUGACUGACAAGUUUACGGAAAGCAUGUACGUCCUUGCCAACGAGCCGUCCGUGGCUCUUUACAGACUGCAGGAGCAUGUCAGGCGGUCGCUACCCGAACUGGUGCAGCAUAAGACAGAUAUGCAAAGUUGGGAGGAGCAGAGUCAAGGUGCUAUCUAUACAGUGGAGUACGCCUGCAGUGCUGUGAAAAGCAUGACCAACAGCAGCCUAUAUUUCAAAAACAUUGACAGUCUCCUGCGACAAGCCAUCAGCAUGAAGGAACAGAUUAGCACCUUUCAAGGUCGGAGGAGAAGGACCACAGAGUCUGGCAUGCCAAAGGAAGGGGGAGAAACGCACAGCUCUGGGAUAUAAUGUGACUUUGUAAAGUGGUGGUCUUUCUUUUUUUUCUUUUUUUUUUUUACGUCCCCUGCACUGUUGCCUCGAUGUUUGUAGCUGAUUUGGAGUCAGACCAACGACACCUUCAUCGUCACAAUAGAGCGACUGCCUCAACGAACACCAUAGUGCAUGCCGCUCAGUGGAACAGAG